AUGACCCAACAGCUCUCCGGCGACUGGUACAACCAACUCAGCUCGAAGAUGACCCUGAUCGCAGACGCGAGCGGCGGUCUCAGCGGGGAAUACAAUUCUGCCGUUGGGGAGGCUCAGGAUUUCUAUAUCCUCACCGGGAGGUUUGAUGCGGAUCCGCCAACGGACGAGGGCAUCUCCGUUGGCUGGGUGGUGACAUUCCGUAACAGCCAGCUCAACGCGCAUUCUACCUCGACCUGGAGCGGCCAAUACUUCGACGGUGAUAAUGAAAGGAUCCUCACCCAGUGGCUGCUGACUUCGAGCACCGCUCCGAGCUCCGUCUGGACCUCAACCAGAGUAGGAAAUGACACGUUUACUCGCAACAAGCCCAGCGCCGCUGAGAUCGCGAAGGCCCGGGCGUUUGCAGUCGGUUCGCCGAACCCGGAGGAUAUACUUGCAAUGAUACGAAAGUAA